AAAUUUUGUUCAACUAUUUUUCAAAAUUACUUUUUAGGUUAUGUUACUGUAUUGAUGCUUUAUGGUAUAAUUAAUUAUCAAUUAAUUCGUUUAAUAUAGUUCACUACUUGUUAUUUUUACUGUAAUAAAAUGAAUUAUCUGAGUAAUAUGUACAAUGAACGUUACAGAUUCUCUAUUAUAUCUGGUAUUUGUGCAUGUUCUUCUAGUUUGUUUGGAAAACUCUCAGGAAAAAUACCGCUUGACUCUUCAUACUAUUUGGUUCUAAUUAAAGCAGUGUUUAUACUGCUGAUGUUCGUGAGUGGCGCGGCAGUUUGGACGUACUAUGUCAAAGCACUUCAAAGAUCAACUACCACUAUUGUUCCAACAUUAAUAAGCACUGCAACAAACUACAUAUUAUCUGCGAUAUGUGGCUGUCUAAUAUUUGGUGAACAGUUGACGAUUCUCUGGUUUUGUGGAAUGGUGCUUGUUACUUCAGGGCUAAUGUUAGUUACAAAGUCGACAAUGACCGAUUCUGAACACUUAAUGGACAAAAAUGCAGAAAAUAAGCCCUCAAAGAAAAAUUCGUAACUUUGACUCUUGGUAUUUGUAAUUCAACUGAAGAAUACGUCAGCCUGAUAUUUGUGUUUCUGUGCUGUUGUGGUAGAUUUUCAUCUUGAAAAUUUCAGUUUCCACUUUUUCUCACUCUUAUAAUGAUCUAAACAAUUAUAUUCAAAAAGAUUAUCCAAUUUAAAUAAAAAUAAAAAGGUGUACCGAAUAGCCUUAAAACGACUUGGGGGGUCAAAACCACUAAUUUAUUAAAACAGUUUGAGAUACUAGUCUCGGUUGUUGCACUAUCAUCAAUCUGUAGUAAACUGUCAGAUUUCAGAGUGAUCUCAGUUUACUAGAGAUUGAUAAUAAUGUAACAACCAAAACUAAUAUCUCAUAUAGAUUAGUGUUUUUGGAAUUAUCAAGUCGUUUUCAUU